AGUAGGGGCUUGCAGGGGUUUCAGUGCCAAGCUCUGGUAGUGGUUGGAUUCCUGUUUAAAAAGAAAAAAAUUUUUUUUGUUGGGAUACGAACUGUAACAUGAGGAGGCUUGAGAACAUUUUGUUAUGGAACUUCUUGAUGGCUGCAGUAAUCACCUUGGGUCAAGCAAGGCCAAAUAUGAAGCUCCAUUCACAGUCAAGCAGUGGUUUAAGGCCAGAUUGUGUGGGUAAUCUUAUGAGGUUGUCAUUGGACAAGGCUCUAGCGGUGGGGAACCAGCUUGAGGUGGAAGCCAUCAAUGGCACCCAGCACAUCAUGUUAACACCUGGCCUGGCUGCUCAGUGUGGCUACAGCAUGGAGUCUGACCCGUGGGGUAACACAAGAAUCUACACGUCUCUUAUGGGCUGCUAUGUUGACAACAAAGAAGAUACAACAUUUAAUAUUGGCUUGAGACUACGAAUGUACAGCGAGAGUCCAUCAGAUGUGGCCAGUCAUGAUGUGACUCACACAUGCAGCUACUCUCGGUGGACUUCCAGAGAGAUUCUCUGCGAAAGGAACUAUAUGGAGGUGUCAACCCACAUGGCUGUACCGGAUACUGAAGCUAAGGGGCAGGCUCAGGAUGUUAAAGAUGACUCCAAGAUCAACGCCAUUGCUGGUGUGUCAGGUGCAGCACAUGGUAUCUGGAAGAUGACGUUUUUCACUCCAGAACCAGUGGCAAUGGUUCUGAGGGAGGCCGAACAAGCUGGCUAUGCUGCCAUGACCACCUCAACCCGUCUGGUUAUGCGAAGCCCGUACCAUACAGCAGAGACUUACUCUGAGGAUGUGGCUGGAGUCUCCAUGGAGGUUUUCAGAGUGAGUGCUUACUACAAGGCACCAUACGGUUUGAGUGUUGUGAACUUGGCAGCUGCUUGUCCCACAGGUGGUGUCCUCUUCACUGAGGAUGUAAUCUCUUGGCACGUACCUCGCCGUGUGACACCCCUGAUAGACGGCAGCUUUAAAAUUCUAGAAAUACACAUGGGCAUCAACGGGCAGAGGCUGGAUAAAUCUCAGAUGGCUGCACGGGGGUACACACUAUCUGUCACAGAUUUUCAUAUUGUCGUCGAGAUCCCAGUGGGCGCUCCUGAUGGUUACUACAAGAGCCAUGCCCCAGAUUACCAGCACCACAUUACGUACAGCGUUGAGCCCAUGCUUGAGGUGUUGUGGAGGGCAGAUGACGCCCAAGAUACCAGAUACAAGGUUUUGUUCCCUAUUACCACCCCUCUGAUGCCCAGACCUCCCCAUGUCAAAGACAAUACUGUCCCAGAGGAAAGGAUGUUCAGCAUUCACUUGGGGACCUUUCUUCAUGAUGUGGUUCUCAAGAACGUCACCUUUUCUACGGGGGUUCUCACUGUUGAGGAGUGCAAUGCCAGAGGCUUCACUGUCCAAGAGCAGAGUUUCCCCAAUGGAACAAAGAGCUUCUCCUUGCAAGUGCCCUUUGACACUGAUGUUGUCCUGAAACACAAUCCCGAACCCUUGGUUACAGUCUACUUCCUCCCUCUGGUCUUUGGCUUCUUCACUCUGCCAGAAGAAACUCCAUUUGCCCACCCAGUGGAUUUACAGGCAUCUCUACAAGAUGUUGUGCUACCCACCAUCACUGGCACCUGUGACCAGAAUGUUUUUUACAUCAGUGUGAAAUAUGGGAGCCAAGGGUCAAAUUUCCAGACCAUAGUUGGAUCUCAGCAGCUAACCCCUGAGCUGGUUGAGGUCUACAGCUUCAAAGAAAAUGACACACACUUCAGCCUUGUGGUGCCAUACACGGCAAAGGGCACAGUGUUUGAGCUAAUUACCUCUGAUUCAGUCAGAGCCAGACUUGACAUGCUACUCUGGGACCCAAGCAACAGCUGGGUGCUUGGUGAUCUCUAUCUGGCCUGCAGUUUCCCCUUGAUGACAACAAAGUGCUACCAAAAUGGCACAAUGACUGCUCUGGCUGUGAAGGUGGAAUCGGUGCCCAAUCUGGUUCCAAGUUUAUUGACUCUAAAGGACCAGUCCUGCAAGCCAGUUUUCAGUGACGAUCGCUUUGCUUACUUCUCUUUCAGUGUUGAUUCCUGUGGGACCACUAGAAUGUUCUUUGAACACUACAUGCUGUAUGAAAAUGAGAUCAGCCUGUAUAACUACAAUAUCAAAGGAGCAGCCUACACAUCACCUGAGCCUGAUUACAGGCAAGCAGUUUCCUGCUACUAUGUUAUCAAUGAGACUCAGACUGUUGCAUUCAACUACAAACCAAGAAGCCAUGACCCUGCAGCAGAGAUUGGGUCAGGACAACUGAUGGUGCAAAUGAGGCUAGCCCAAGAUUCAUCAUACAAAAUCUUCUACCAAGCAGAAGAUUAUCCAGUAGAGAAGUACCUGAGACAGCCUCUGUAUUUUGAGGUGGCACUGAUGCAAUCAACAGACCCCCAGUUGGAGCUCAUCUUGGAGAACUGUUGGGCUACUCUUCAUGAAGACAGGACAUCUCUCCCCAGCUGGGACAUCAUUGUGGACAGCUGUGAGAACCAUGAUGACAGCUAUGUGACAACUUUUCAUCCCAUUGUGAGCGACGACAGAGUUGCUGUCCCAUCCCACAUCAAACGCUUCUCUAUGAAGAUGUUCACCUUCACUAAAGAUGAAGAGGUUCUGAAAGAUGAGAUCUAUGUCCACUGUGAUGCAGUUAUUUGUGACACAAACAGCCAAGCAGAUGGUACCUGCAGAGGCCAGUGUGUGCACCCUACAGACCUGAGUAACUCUAGACAUCAAGGAGUAAAAAGGGAGCAAAGAAGUACAGACUCAAGGAACCAAAGGAAGAUCUCCUCUGGGCCUAUUGUUCUAUUAAACAAAAACCUCUAAAUAAAUGUUUCUUAAAAUACA